AUGGUAAAAGAAAUUCCACACCUUUCCAUCGACAUUCAAGCACAUGCCAUGGAGGAGGCCACAAAGCCAAGGAUCCCUUUUUGGUUCCAACAGCAGUACUUCCUAGAGAGCCUUCUAUGGUUGUCCUGGUUUUUUGUUCUCCAGGUUGUCCUGUGUCUCCUAACUCUGCCUCACCUGCUUGCCCUGUUCGGCUUGCAGCCCAUGUGGAGUAAGUACUUCUAUCUCAUGUUGGUCCUCCUCCCAGGAGAAAACCAGAAGAUGAGGGGUCAGAAACGGGAGCUUAGCCAGAUAAAGCAGCUGGCGGGAGCCUCUGGGAAGGUGACUUUUCUAGACCUUGGCUGCGGUAGUGCCAACUUUGAGUUCUACCCGGCCAGCUGCAGGGUCACCCUCGUAGAGCCCAACCCCCAUAAAGGAGUAUGGCCAAAAAACAAGCACCUUCAAUGUGAAGAGUUCUUAGUGGCUCCGGUGGAGGACCUGAGUCAAGUGGCUGAUGGCUCCGUGGAUGUGGGUACCCUGGUCCUGUGCUCAUUCCAGAGCCCCAGGAGGCUCCUACAAAGAAAUUCAGAGGGUGCUAAAACCGGAGGCAUCUUGUUUUGGGGGGAGCACUUGGCUGAGCCCCCCAAAAGUUGAACCUUGAUGUGGCAGACGGGGGACUCAGCCAAGCCCACCUGGAAGCACAUUGGCAAUGGCUGCUAUCUCAUCAGGGAGACCUGGAAAGAGCUGGAGAGAGCCAAGUUUUCUGAACUACAACUUGAAUGGCAACCCCCUCCCAUCAAGUGGCUACCAGUGGGUCCCCACAUCAUGGGACUGGGCACAAGACAAUCAACUGGGCUUUUCUGUCCCUCUCUUUUCCUACCCCAGCCUGUUCUUUCUCUUACCGAGAGUACCCCGGGAAAGGAAAUGCCUUUGACCUCUCUCAUCUCUCCUGCUUCUCCUUCCUUAGUUGCUGCUAUCUCACCAGGCCCCCUCUUCCUCUCGAACAGCCCCUCUCAACUAUCCCUCCCUUGGCUCUACCACCAAACCUCUCCUCCUCUUGACCUGUUGUUUUAGGAAUUGAUUUCUGUAUUCAAGUGUAGACUUCUCUAUACAUACCUCUCUCCUCUCCUCUCUCUUCCUCCUCUUUUCCUUUCUCUCCUCUUUCUCCUUAAUUCCCCAGGCUGUUAAUUCAGUCUUCCUUCCUCCCACUCAGGUUUCUUCUGCUCCCCCCAG